AUGGUCGCUAAGGAAUUCCUCGACUCGGACAGAGUCAACUUUCUUGUUUGGAGAUUCCUUCUUGAAGGCAAUUACCGAGAGACUGCCGCCAAAUUUCAAAAGGAAUGGCACGUCAAACAGCCCCAUAGAGAAUUCGCCUUUGCGCGUCACGUAAAGAGUCACGCAUUGGUUUCGGUCAUUAAUCGCGGCCUUCAAUAUCACGCGCUUGAACGUGAGCAUGCACGCAAAUUGCUGCCUCCCAAUGCAUCAGCGGAAGCAGCCGAAGCUUUGAAGUACGGUAUUUUUGGACCUUUGGACGCCAACCCACAGGGCAGAAUUGAGGAAGAAGAGGAAGAGGAUGCCGAAGGAGAGGAUGUUAUUGAAGAGGAGGUAUCAAGGAAAAGACCUCAGCAGCAAUUAUCGAAUGGAUCGCCGGUGAAACGACAAAGGUUGAGCAAUGGAUUGGAAAAUGGCGCCGAAGCACCGGCAUCAGCUCCAAUGACAACAUCAGCGACAGGAACAGGAGCCCCAGCCGGAAUAGCACCCACAGCAACAGCAGCGCCAGCUCCUGUGACAACACCGAUGGAGAUUGACAACCAGCCUGACAACCACGCAUAUCCUUCGCCUCUCGAAGGCGAGCAAGCGCCGGAGCCGAUAGUGCGAACUGACGGGCCCGAACAGGGUACACAGGUUGAUAAAGUCGAGGAGCUGGCUCCGGAGACAACAUUCAUUCGCCUAGUGGACGACCAAGCUGAAGGCCAAGGUCGAGGAAACACGCCAUCACCAGCUUCACCUUCUGGGCCUGACAACGCUCCCAUCCUUUUGCAGUGCGAGUGGAACCCAAGAGAUCCGUCCAUCCUGGCGGCUGCUGGUACAGAUGCGCUAGCCCGCGUUUGGACUGUCGCGCGUGCGGGCCCCGUUGAACCGGGCCAGGAUCACGUGUCACCCCAAGGCCAUUCCCUGCUCGACCGUGACGUGCCCCGCGAUACAACAGUUACAGCCCUGUCGUGGACCGCGGAUGGUGCUGCUAUUGCGGUAGCCACCGAUUCGAGAAAUCAGGCUUCGAUCAACGUGUGGUCAGCUGAGGGUGCACAUUUACAGUCUAUGGAAGUGUCGGAACCGCCUAUUAUCAAACUCUCAUGGAACCCUAAUAACACCGCGCUGCUCGCCAUCUCGCCCGACAAGGGUGGUGCCCUCGUCACUGUGCACUAUCCGCCUGCCGGCAAUUCCUUGUCCUUCCUCCUUCCUGGACAUGACAUCGCGGCUACGCCCCUCGAUGCCGUCUGGACUGGUGAUGCAGAGUUCUUGCUGUGCGGCGGUGACCUGAUGAUGUGCCUUCAGUGCACGGACACAACGAUAGUUGCAGGAAGGAAAUUCGAGUCCAAGGAAGAUGACAGCUUCACUCAAGUACUUUUUGAUGGACGGUCGAGAUUAGCUGCUACAUCCAGCGACAAGGGCACACUCGAUCUGUGGGACGAAAACGGACAGAGAAGAUCUAUUUCCGCUCACCAAGGUGCCAUUACUACGAUGCAAUGGCAACCUAUUCCCGAAAAUCAAAUUGGAGCUGACGAUGAGCGACUAAUUGCGACUGGAGGCGAUGACUGCGCUAUACUUAUUUGGAACGCCCGAAUGCCUGAGAGCAAACCAAAAUGCUUUCUGACGAUGGAUUCCCCGAUCAUGCGACUCGCCUUUACACCGGAUGGGGCUUUUAUCGCCGGUGCAACAUCGACGCAGGUCUUGAUCUGGAAGGUCGGAAGCCACGCUGUGCCUCGAGCAAGCUGGAGUAGACCAGUUCAUCCUGGUUGGCUUAGCCCCAAGGCCAACACAGAAUCUGACGAGGAAGAUGAGCACUGCUUGUGCUGGGACGCCGAUGGCCAGAAGCUGGCGUAUGGCUCCAAUAGCAGACUUGCUAUCAUUAACUUCCGAAGAUGA